CCAACUUCACACACACCCAAACACAAAAGGAGAAAUUCAAAGCAAUUCAAAAAGUGGUCCAUCCUUCCAUUCUCCUCUUUGGGGAAAAUGAGCUCUUUCUCCCAAGCUAUGGCCCAUCAUCUCUCUUUUCUUUGCUGCUGAGCACCGGGGCUUGAAAUGCAAAUGAGCGCCAUUCAUUUCAAGAGGAGGGUGCGAAGAAGGCAAGCUUCUAGUCCUCAUGGGGGAAGGAGGAGGAACACUCGGCUGCCUCCGGUCGCAUCCCCUCGGCUUCGGGUGCAGGAUCCGGAAAGGAGCCCUCAUCGACGAAGAAAGUCCCAAUUUCCCGGCCAAGGGGAAAUUAAAUUAAAUUAAAUUUAAAAAUAAAAAGCUUGGCUCCAUUUUAGCAAAGGGGAGGAACGGCCGGUAAAGCCGAGUGGGAGGCUCCGGACUACCUUCUCCGGCAUGCCCCGCGCGCGGACCACGCCUCUCCGGCGGUGUGCGCAUGCGUCCACGGGCUGACUCCGAACGCGAACUACCAUCCCCGGCGACCCUCGCGCGCUGCGCAGACGCACCAGCUGCGAGUAGAGGCGGAGCCCGGGAGUGGGAGGGGGGCCGCUCUCCCCCUUUAGCCUGGCAGGGCGGGGCUCCCCCUCUCCCCGCCCACCCCAGCCCCCGCUGCCGGUACCGGGCGACGCCGCCGCUGGAGGAGACCCCCCGCCAUGGACUCGGACUCCUGCGCUUCCCCGCCGCCCCCCGAAGAUUUCCCCCCGGGCUCCAAGCGCUGCCGGACGGUGGAGGAUUUCAACAACUUUUGCACCUUUGUCCUGGCCUACGCGGGUUACAUCCCAUACCCGCACGAGGAUACAUCCAGCUGGAGCAGCGCCAGUUCCCCCAACAGUACCCGGGAGGCCGUAGACAGCGAUGGAGGGGACCCCCCCUUGGGACACCUCUCAAAAACCCGGAAGAGCUUCAGCCAACUCAAACACGGCAAGGCUUACUCCUCGCUCUACCAGUGGACAAAGCCCAACGGAUUUUUGGUGGACCGAAAAAAAAUGGAGAAGUUCCGGAAGAAACGGCGGCUUGUGAGGAAGGAUGCGGUGCUGCCGGACGUCAAAUAUCCCGAAGAAGAGGAAGGCCUGCGGGAGAGAGAAGGAGAAGAGCCGUACGCCGAGACCCCGCUCAGCCCGUCCUCUGAAGGGGACGCCCAGUCUUCCACGGGCCGCAGCUCAGCCUGGGAUUCGGACACUCCGUCGAAUCCCCCCUACCCGGCUGCCGCGCCGGAGGAGCAGAGCCUCAUCCAAACCGUGGGCAAGAGGACCAUCAUACGGCAAGGGAAGCAGGUGGUCUUCCGGGACGAAGACGGCAGCGGAGACGAUGAGGACAUCAUGGUAGAUUCAGAUGAUGACUCGUGGGACCUGGUCACCUGUUUCUGCAUGAAACCUUUCGCCGGGCGGCCCAUGAUCGAAUGCAAAGAAUGCCACACCUGGAUCCACCUGUCCUGCGCCAAAAUCCGCAAAUCCAACGUUCCCGAGGUUUACGUCUGCCAGAAAUGCCGGGAUUCCAAAUUCGACAUCCGGCGGUCCAGUCGAUCCCGGACGGGUUCCCGCCGCCACUUCCUGGAGUAAGCCAGCUGGAGAGCUGGUGGUACCAAACCUUGAAAAUUGGGAGUUUUGGAAUCGGUAGGGCAGGGGUGGAGAAGCAAGCGAGACCCCAGGCCCCGCCGAUCUUCCAGAUCGCCGGAUUUCCCACUGGAGUCAGAACUGAUCGCCGGCUCCAAAAGUUGGGGCGAAGGGGGGGAGGGGCUGGGAUGGUCUUCCCGGUUUCCUUGUCUUGGGAGCACAAAGGGAAAUAACCGGGAGCUGACCAGUCACCCCGUUCGCGGAGGGAUUGAGGUGCAAAACGGCAAAAGGAUCUCUAAAGGAGACGAGAGGUGGGGGAAAAAACAAAUCCUCUCGUUUUUGAAAAGCACAGAUUUGGAAAAUCCGGACAGUUUGUAGAAUUUGACUCUCUUUCCCCGCAGAGGUUAGUCCAAAGAUUUGGGGAGCCUCUCAAUCCCCCGAGCCGAGCUUGGAAGGACGAGAACGAUGAAAAAAAAAAAAGAUAUUAUUUGGACCGCAGGUGCAUUGGGAAAGGAAAGGAAACCUUCCCAUCUAACCGAUGCUCUCCAUCCGAGCGCUGAGAUUCAGCCGAUUUCGGACUUAAAAGGCUGCAAAAAAAAGGGGUGGGUGGGGAGGGGGAAUUGGGAGGAAGAUAAUUUUUUCCCCACUGGUGCUUCGAGAACGAGCCGAGAGUCCAAAAAGUUGGGCAGCCCAGCGGGAUGAGAGUGAGGGGCUAGGGAGGGGUGGACCCUCGGUUCGGCUGGCCCUCGGCGCUGCCUUUGGACUUUCAGAGACCGCCUUUGUCUCCUCCGAUUGGGGGGGCUGGAGGAGAAAGCGUGGGGAAGACCCCCCCCCCCAUAAUCCUUGAUUGAUUUAAUAUGACAUUCCUGGUCCGUUUCUAGUGUUGUGGUGUGAAGCCUUUGGCCACGUCCCAAAAGUCUGUACGGAGAAGGGUGGAUUCCUGGAUCCUGGAUAAUGUGGGAACCAUCCAGCCAUCCCCACUGGAAAAGCUCUGGCUGGUGGAGAUUUCCGGUUUCUUUUGGGACUUUAGAGCCAGGACUAAUUUUCUGUUCCUUUUCUUCUUUGGUUGUCCACGUCAGGCGGGCGGAGGGAGGGGUCCCUAUAGCCCAAACCGCUGGGUCUUCUUCGCCCCCCCCCGAAGCAGCCACGUUAUCAAGGGUUUCGUCUGUGUACAAUCUCAGUUCAAGAGCUUUAAUUUUUUAAAAGGACAAUUAAAAUUAUUUGUUUUAUGGAA